GUAAUUCGGUUUGUUUCUGAUUUUUUAAAAUUUUUUUUUAAUGUUUUUUUUGUUUGAACAUCUCUAUAGAUUAUACAUAUCGUCUGCAUAAGGAUUCAGACAUCUGAAUUAGAUCAGUGUUUUUUUUGGUUGCCUUCGUUUGGUGUCAACACCCGCAGAGAACCUUUGCGCUAAACGCUAGAGCAGAACUUAAUCGCUUUGGGCUGCUCCAAUAGAUUCCUAUGCACAUAGAAAAAAAUUACCGAAAGCGAACUGUAUAAUCCUCAUUCAUGUGGAGAUGCAUCCUAGACGGGAAAAGUUUGUUGCCCGCCUGAUAAUCUAUCCGAGUCGGAAAGUCAAACGAAAUGCAUAGAGUGUAAUCUUAUAUUGGGAGUGUUUAUUAUCAAUGUUAGCAUUCUGUUGUUAUUUUCAUACGGGUAUCAACAGAUCAUCGAUGGUUCAAUAUCCGAAAUUAUUAAGCACUCAUCUGAGGCGCAUUCUAGGGCGACGAUGUCCGAUUAGUCAGAACGGCCUCUGACGUUCAACGGGCUAAUUGUGAGGUGUACCCGAAACGUUGGAGAGUGAAUCUCUCCACGUUUGAUUAGUUCGCUUACCUCACACGCAAUCGCCAUUUUGUCCUGUGAACGCACCUGGCUACACUGUGACAGUCCGUGAAACCGUGCGGAUCUGACACUGUCCCAGCGCUAAUUAACAGUUAUCUUCCGAUUCUAACUAUUCAGAUUAUUAAAUCUAGCGUUCAAUUAAAUUUGGAAACAGUCUAACAGGUGUAGUGUACCUGUACUACUAACAUGUAGCUUAUAUUCUACAGUGGUUAACUAAUUUUCUCGUGCGUCCGCCUUCACGAAGGCCGUGCUCUCCGAAUUCAUCAGAUCUGCUUGUAUUAACGCAUUUCGUGUUGCGACUACGGGAAGGCCGCUCUGGUUCAUCCCCCUAAAUGUCAUCGCAUGAUCUACGAGCCGCGUUUUCGGCCGCAGCACUUUCCAAUUCAUGUUACUCGUAGCUCCGCCAUUCGUGCUCAGUCCCCUCUCAGUGCCCGCGGUGGUAAACGUAACAAUUAGAGUUGGCCGUUGAACGUGCACCUCGACCUCAAUCGAUAAGACAAGCAACAAAUAUCCACUGUUUGAAAAUGUCCCCUACACGGAUAGUUAGAUGAUCUGCCACUUGAACCUCUGGUGAACAGCUUAUCUACGGGUGCGGUAACAGCAUGUUUAAACUCUGUUCUCGCGUAACGCCCCCGCGGUUCAUCUGGCCAUCCUUUGCGGAUCUUCAACACCUCGACUCUUCGUUGUUAAGACGCUUGUACCACAUACCGUGUUUUCGUUUAAAGCCUUCUUGCUCUAUGUCUUCACCAAUUUUCAAUAGAGAAAAGAGUUUGUCCGGCGCAGAAAGGGCUACCAAGGCACCAAACGAUCCGUAUGGCUUCGUUACCUUUACGGUAUUCCUUCUUGGAAUCGGAUCUCUUCUGCCGUGGAAUUUCUUCAUUACCGCAACGGAUUACUGGAACUACAAGUUUCGUAAUCCUGACCUUCCUAAAAAUUCGACAGAAACCACGGCACUACAGAAAUCAUUUAGCUCGUAUUUGGCUAUUGCGUCCAAAUUACCCUUCAUCCUCUUUCUCGUUGUCAAUACGAUGAUUGUUGAAAAGAUCCGCUGUGCGCUUCGUAUCGGUUAUUGUCUCGCAGGGUGCAUCAUACUGUUUAUCGUAACGGCUACGCUCGUCAAAGUCAACACAGAUCACUACCAAAAGGAGUUCCUUGCGGCUACGUUGAUUACUGUUGUUCUAAUCAAUGUUGCUGGUGGAUUCCUGCAGGGUGGCGGCACCGGGAUGGCCGGGACUUUUCCGGCGAAGUAUAUGACGGUGAACGUAUUGGGUCAGGCUGUGGGUGGCGUAUUCGCAACACUGUGUCAACUGGCUUGUCUACUUCACGACACGAGUCCGACGGACGCUGCUUUUCUGUACUUCAGCAUUGCUACGGUUGUCCUUGUAUUUACUCUAAUGUGCUUUCUGCUACUCGUUAAUAUGAAAUUCUACGACUAUUACAUAAACGGUGACAGUGUUGCAUCACCCAGCUCGAGCGAGCCAAAGGUCCAGAGCAAGCCCAGCACUCCUCUCUGGACGAUCUUCAAAUCGGGUUGGAAAUUUCACGUUUCGACAAUAUCGAUAUUCUGGGUCACCUUGGCAGUGUUUCCAGCAGUGACUGCCUUAAUACGAUCGUCAAAUGCGGAUUCGGGAUCAGCGCUAACCACUACACUCUUCGUUCCACUCGCCUGUUUCGUCACGUUCAAUUUCACCGAUCUGUUUGGCAGGCUGCUCGCCAGGUUUUUACCGAUUUCAUCAACAAACGCGAAUUGGUUGCUUAUGAUGGCAGUUGGCAGGGUUGUUUUUGUCCCAUUGCUAAUCGUUUGCAAUGUUGCUCCGACCAGCCGUGUCCUGACAAACGUCAUAUUUCAACAUGACUGGCAGUAUAUCAUUAUAAUGGUUCUGUUCGGCCUGUCAAAUGGCUACAUUACAACGCUCGCUCUUACCUAUGCUUCAAAGUGUUGUGCCGAAGAGUAUCAGGAAGUUGCUGGUUCACUGGCUGCCCUAUUCCUCGGCCUUGGACUUGCACUUGGGUCGGUCACAUCGUACCUCACCAUCCAGUUACUUUAGCAUAUCAACUAACGUUAUAUAGGAUUAGUUAUGGUAAUCCUCUGAUAGGUAAACCAAAGCUGUAGGCUGUUUUCGUGCGUGUCCUGGUAGAAUGUGAUUGUACCUGGUCGUCGAAAAAUAGACAUGACAUUACAGUUCAACCGGAGAUUGCAGCAGAACUAUGGCAGGAGCCUUCUUUUAUAUUCUGAUUCAUCACGGUUGACAUGGCCACAAAUCAACUAAAUCGGAACAACUCGAGAAGGGUCUAUUGUCAUAUACGUUGACAAAGUCGUAUAGAUCAGUCAUGCAAUGAAAAUAUAGAAAAAAAAAAAAAAAAAA